CAAACAGCACGAAAUUCCAACUGUGAAUUCAAGUUUUGUCCUAACACAAUUUCGUUGGAAAUAAUGUUUAAAUAAGAGUGAAAAAGUUCUAAUUUGAAAGGUUUAGCAUAAUUUAUAAAUGAAUUUCAUUCCCUGUUAGUUGAGGUAACUACAAAUUUGUAAAUGGCCUCUUCAGGCCAGGAAACCAAACUAGUUAUUAACCAGCACUACGACGAAAGUUUGGAUGUGAACGAUUCAGAGGAAGUAGCCAGCCUGUACACACCUACACCUAGAAAACCGUCUCCGGGAAUUGUGACGCCAGAAAGGCCAAUAGAACGAGGCGGCCCUGCACCACCACCACUGAACAGAAUGUCUUCUCAGCAAAGUCCAUCAGACGAUUUAGAUUUUGAUGAGCAAGAGCAUUUGGGAGAAGGGCAGAUGGAUCGGAAGCUCUCACAACCGCCACCUAGCGGUAAAAAUAUUGAUUUAAACGAGGAAUCGGAAGACAGUGACGUUUCAUCAGAUGAUGAAGAUGAAGAUGAUGAUAAUAUGGUUGGAUUAGAAGGGGCCUAUGAUCCUGCAGAUUACGAGCACCUCACUGUGAGCCAAGAGAUCAAAGAGCUCUUUCAAUACAUAACCCGUUACACACCACAGUCUAUUGAGUUGGAACAUAAACUUAAACCUUUUAACCCAGAUUUCAUUCCUGCAGUUGGUGACAUUGAUGCUUUCUUAAAAGUACCCAGACCAGAUAACAAACCAGUAACUCUGGGGUUAACUGUUCUUGAUGAGCCGUGUGCAAAGCAGUCUGACCCCACAGUCCUUGACCUUCAAUUAAGAAGCAUUUCAAAGACUUCCGGCGUUCGUGCCAUGCAAGUAAGAAGUGUUAAAGAUGCUGAUCGAAAUCCCAAAGCAAUUGAUACCUGGGUUGAGAGCAUGGCUGAUCUUCAUCGCUCUAAACCUCCUCCAAAUGUCCACUACUCGAAGAGCAUGCCUGAGAUUGAUCACCUGAUGCAGGAAUGGCCAAGAGAGGUGGAAGAGCUUCUUCAAAAGAUUAGUCUCCCAACAGCACAGUUAGAUUGUGAUUUACCAAAAUAUUGUGACAUAAUCUGCAGCUUACUAGACAUCCCAGUUUACAAAAACCGAAUCCAGUCUCUUCAUGUUCUUUUUUCAUUGUAUUCCGCAUUCAAGCAAAUGCAGCAUUUUCAAACUGAUAAUGUACAAGAAGAUGACCAGAAUCAGGGCGAGCCUGAAGUUUUAAAUUUUGAAUAAGUUCAACAACCGGUUGUGAUGUUAUCUUUACUUCAACUGCAUAAGUAAGCAGUGAUGUUGGUCAAAGUUUGGCACCAGCACUUUCAUAUUUAUUCUAUACAUGCUGCUUGCUUGUUUUUUUUGGGAUGGUCAGUAAACAUUGCGCAAUAAUCUAAGUUUUGUUCAUGCUGUAUAGAAGUUAUUUCAUUUCCGAAAUAUCAUAAUAAAUGAACUUAGACAAAUAAAAUAUACAAAAAAAAACUAUUUUCAUUUCCGAAAUGUCAUAAUGAAUGAACUUAGACAAAUAAAAUAUAUAAAAAAACUAUUAAGAUAACAAAAUGGCGUACAUACAAAGCAUAUUAAUGUGGGGAAUGUUGUGUGGUUGGGGUCCAGCAAAUCGGAUUCUAUGCUCGGAUUGAUGCUGUCACCAUUAAAGGCGUUUGUAUUUUUAGGGAGGAAGUUUAACUGUGUUUUCUCCAACCUAUUACUCCAUUAGCCACUAUUGGGUUACUCAAGUUGUCAACCAUACAGAAAGUAUAUUUUUUACAACUUUGGACGUGGAGAAACUACAUUUGUUUGAUAUAUAAUACAUACUGAGUAGUCCUAAAGGAACUAAAAACAAAGUGAAACCCAGAAAUACAGUACCUCA